GUGGCAGUAUCACUUGUUGGCCACUGGAUGUCCCUCUAACAGGCGGAUUCUGCUUCUAGAAGGUGUCGUGCGCACGCGCUCUGACGCAGGCUGGCGCUGGGCAAGGACAUAAGGAGAGUGACAUUUGUAUAACGUUAACAAGAAACUCGCAUUCUUUCCUAAAUCCCACAUAAAUUUUCGUCAGCCACAUUUGGAUACUCCCACACAUCUAUGCACAGCGCGUUGACGCUCAACAGCAUCUCGUAUGAUUCACUGAGGACAGGUUCUGGAGGACUGAAUUCACACUGUGAAUGAACGAAUAAUUAGAAGCAGUGGUGGAUGGGAGAGCGCACCUUUCUUGCUGUUGAUGUCAUCUUUCUAAGACUCGUCGAGGUGUCCUCAGCACCCUGACUUGAAUGGCUGUGUGCAGAGGGGGCGUCUCUCUUUGGGUGGGGUGUGUCAGGAACCAUGGCGGAAGGCAACCAAUGACAAAACAGUGCUGGAAUUUAUGUCAGACAACCGAGUUUCACUUAAAUGACAACUGUAGGACCCUGAGCAGUGCAUCAUGGGCCUUGGCUCCUCCAAAUAGUCUACGUUACCUGUCCAUUAAACAGCCAGCCCUGUCCCAUCCCUUCCACCAUGCAUGUCAGCCCAACCGAUCGGCCAACCUCGAAGAAGAGGAAUGGGAAGAGACCGUCAGCUUGCAAGUCCUGUUCAAACCUGGAAGAAGCCAUGAGCAGCACAUGGUGGUGGAAGAGCCCUUUAUUGGGCCUGCCAAAUUAAGCGAGCUCCUUGCUCUGGGACCCAACAGACCUUUUGACUUGCUUUUUCCUUUAACCACUGUUGAUGGAAGCAGGGAGGAUGAUAUUAGCAUUAUUGGAAAUGCAGGGACUGCGGAAAAGGAGCUGAUGGAGUCUCCUUCAAGCUCCUUCAGGAGUCUCUUUGAGACUGAGGGAUGUCCUGCGCCGUUUAUGCUGGGAUCUCGCUUCUAUUGUUUUCACUCCUCUGUUUUGGAGAUCGGGAACCAACCAGGAAAGGGACAAGAUGAGUGGAGCUUCUAUCCAGCCCUCCAUGUCACACAUUGCAGCCGUGAUGAGACUGGGAGAGCGGACAAGAGCUCCAGCCAGAGAGACAUGGAGAAUGAGGAGAAACUGGCCCUGAUGCAUGAGAAGCUGAGGGUGGAGCUGCCCAGAUUCUUUAGGAAAAAUCAUGACUACAGCAUAUACUCUGAAGAUGUUGAGUUCAUCAAUGGUCUUCUGAACACCAAGACAAGGGGUCGUGUGGUGUACCAGCUGACUCUAACUCUUUGGAAAUUGAUGUGUCUCUUCUACUAUGCCGAUGCUCAGCUGGAAGUGCUGAAGCUGACCAAGCAUCCAGAAGACGGCUCCAUCAAAGCUCGCUGGAGAGUCAAAGGCCUGCCCUUCCACUCCAUUCUGGUGUUUUUCUAUAAGAAAGACAAGAAUCACCUCUACAGAACAUAUGAUGCAUUCUCCACCUUCUACAUUGGAGCUGAUGGACGAAUACAUUGCCAUAAAGUUGAAAAGGUAAUGGAGGCUCGUCCACCUCUGCUGCCCAAAGUGGCCUCAAUGCUUGGCGGGGCUCUGGUGGCCCUGGGCAUUCAGGAACACCGUCCCGCCCUCAACCUGCUCCCACUCCUGCUGUCCUCCCUCCGACAGGCCCGAGCCUGAGCCGAGAACCUGCGCUGAUUGGUCACACCAUUAAAAAGACUGUAAAAGAUGUGGCGCUCUAUUAUGUGGGUUGAGUAAAUAAGAUGUUGAUAACCAAUUCCUUGGGGGAAAAAAAGAUUGCAGAAGUAAGCCGGAACGAGUUAAAACUGAUCUCACUUGAAACAAUCUUCUAAUUUCCAUGAUAUGAAUAUCACCAACCCGAUAUCAUAUUUGGUUUGGAUUGUGAUGGGAGCCUGUAUUUAAGAUUAAACUCCACU